AUCAGCUCUGUCUUUACAUUUGGCUGGACAGUCAAAUACCACACAAUGGCUGCAUCAGAAAGACACAUCAGUAAUGGUUGGAAAAGAGAGUGACUGUGUCAUAGCAGCACAUAUUUGCCAAGAAUCAGAACAUUGUACUCUGUUGUAUGAAAAUUUUAAGAAAACCUGUGGGAGGGAAUCAGAACAAUGCAAAACCCUCGAUGGAGGCUACCUGUGUGCCACAUUAAGAGAAAGCCUGAAAGAAACAAUAUUGUGGAAUUGUCAUUGCAACGACCCUUCAAAAGCAGAGUGCACUGAAAUUUGGAAAAGUUUGUUUGAAGACAUUUGUAUACAGGAUGCUCAGAUGAAUCAAGUUUCAGCUUUCAGUGACAACUAUGAAGAUGGAUUCAAACAGGACUUUUUUUCAGGUAACAUGGAAGAGGAUAAUCAAUCCAAGUGGAAUCUAACUACUCUUCCCUAUCAGGGAAUCAAAGGAAUCCAGUCCUGUUUGGAAGUGGCAGAGGCGUGUGUAGGGGAUAUGGUCUGUAACACACAGUUGGCCCCUUACCUUAAAGCUUGCUCAGCAAAUGGAAAUCUGUGUGAUGUGAAACACUGCCAAGCAGCCAUACGGUUCUUCUAUCAGAAUAUGCCUUUUAACAUUGCCCAGAUGUUGGCUUUUUGUGACUGUGCUCAAUCUGAUAUCCCUUGUCAGCAGUCCAAAGAAGCUCUUCACAGCAAGCCAUGUGCAGUGAACAUAGUUCCACCCCCUACUUGCCUCGAUGUAAUUCACAGCUGCCGAAAUGAUGAAUUAUGCAGGAGGCGCUAUAGAACAUUUCAGUCAAAAUGCUGGCAGCAUGUGACUAGAAAGUGCCAUGAAGAUGAGCUCUGCAUCAGUACCUUAAGCCAGCAGGACCUCAUUUGCUCAGGAAGUGAUGACUGCAAAGCAGCUUAUAUUGGUACCUUUGGGACAGUCCUUCAAGUACAGUGCACCUGUAGGACCAUUACACAAAGUGAAGAAUCUCUGUGUAAGAUUUUCCAACACAUGCUUCAUAGAAGAUCAUGUUUCGAUUAUCUGAAUCUGUCUAAUGUCAAAGGCAUGGCAUUGCAUAAAAGAAAACCUGCAAAGGAGAUAACUCUGAAUGGAUUUCAUUCCCCUUUCAAUGGAGAAGUAAUCUACGCUGUCAUGUGCAUGACAGUCACCUGUGGAAUCCUUCUCCUGGUUAUGCUCAAGCUGAGAACUUCCAGGAUAUCAAGUCAAACAAGAGAUCAUUCACCAAUCCAAAUACCUGGAGGACUGAUUCUUUAAGAGUCAAGGAUCAUUAACAACCACUUUCUUUACAGGAAGUCUUUGUAGUCAGUCAACAGAAUACCCCAGCUGUCAUCAAUAAGGAAAAUGUGAAGAUGGAUCUAAUGAUAUUGGAUCAUUAAGGAUAAUAAUGUAAGAAAUAGUAAUAAUGGCAUGAUGUUAGAUUUUUUUGUUUUUUUAAGAAAGUAUUCAAGUAAAAAUGUAUGGUGGUAACUUUUAUGACACUGGUAGAAAAUUAAAGUCUUCCUUGAAGGCAAAAUAUGUUACCCCAAGUUACAGUCUGCAUGAUUUGUUUCAUAAUAAAUUUGAAUCUAUAUAAUAGUAAUUAGUUACAUCAAAAUAUGAUAUAUUAUGGUUAGCAGGGUUUAUUUUUCCUGAUCCAUCUUAUAAGUUCCCAUUGACUUGCCAAAAGGAAAAUGCUAAUGGAGAUAUCCAGUAUAAUUUGUUAUUUGUGUACUCUUAUCCAUUUUCAAAUCAUUAGCUACAUCAUUAGCAUUGACUUUAAGUUCCUACAUAUAUUUGUCUAGAUGGUUGGUCUUAAAUAUCAGAAAUAAGAUCUUUGGUUUUUGUAACUUAAAUACUGUUGAAUUUCACUUCUUUAACUUGAUGUCUUUACUUCAUACCUAUAAAAAUG